GGUGUGAGUGACGUCUCUGUCGGUCUGCUGCCAAUGUCCAUCCCUUCUUCUCAUGGCGGCGUUCCAGACUGGCCAGCUGGCUACUCUCUGCCCAGCUACAGUGCUCCGUCUCUGGGCAGCGGUGCUCCUGUUGGACCCACUGGUCCUGGAGCUGUUGAUGGUAAAGUUAAUGUCCACCUGGUGCUGUCCCCUGGGGGAGGGACUCCAUCUGGGCCAAGUCCAGAUCUCAGUGGCCCAGCAGGCUCCAGACCCAGCACCCUGAAGGACAUAGCCCAGGCUUUGGGUCUCUCUGUGGUGGAAGGAGGUGCUGAGGGACUAGGUACAUGAGUCCUUGCUGAUGUCGACCUAUGCAGUGAUUCUCCCAUUAAUGGACUGACAGCUCUCAGCAAUGGGACCAUCCUGAUAUUUAAAGGUGAGCUGCUCUGGUCAGUGGACCCUGUCAGUCGCUUAGUUGGUCCUCCGCAGAGUAUCACAGACACUCUGGGUGUCUCCUCUCCCAUCGAUACUGUCUUCACGCGCUGCAACUGCCACGGAAACACCUACAUCAUCAAGGGAGACCAGUACUGGCGUCUAGAUAGUAACAUGGUGAUGGAGCCGGGCUACCCCAGACCUCUGGCCUCUGAGUUUCCCGGUCUGACAGGAAGCAUCAGUGCUGCACUGGCAGUACCAGCCACCAGGAGCAGCCCGGAGACUGUAUACUUCUUUAAGAAUGGAGGCAUCAUGCAGAGGUACACCUUCCCACCAGGCAGCACUCCAUCCUGCAGCAAGACACCUAGACGUGUCGCUCGCCAGGCUGUUCGUCUAAGUGGAGAGAUCAACAUCAAAGUGUCUCUGAAGGGAUUCCCCGACCCCGUCACCUCUGCUCUGUCCAUGCCCAGUCCUCAGGGGAGUUAUCCAUACGAGCACUACGUCUUCUCUGGACCGCUCUUCUUCAGGGUCCAGAUUUCACGUGACCUGCCAGUGCUGGUCAAACCUGACCCAUCUGCAGCCUUUGCAGCCCUCGCACCCCUCCCCAUUCUUAGCCCUGCCGCUGUGGCAACCAACUCUGCCAACAUGGCCGCUCAAAAUGCUAACCCUCCCCUCCCAGCCAACUCCAUCAGAGUUUGGCUGCGCUGUCCUUAGGAACACCCUGACAAGCAGCCAGAAGCUCUGUUCUGGUCAUUUCUAUAUCAGCACAGGUUCUACUUAGUAAAUAUAUAUAUAUACUGAGCAAAAAGUAACCUGUCUCGAUUAUUAAUUCCCAUAAAUUGUUUUUUUCCCCCAACUACAUACCAUCACACAUUUUGACAGCCCCGCUAUAAAACCUCAAACCUUCCAAAGGUUUCAUUUCCAAUCGUUGUGUGAUGGGUAGACCUUAUUCUUUUAAGAAUACUCAAAAUGACCCGUUGUUUUGUCCACAUUUAAAAAGUGUCAUUGAUUAAGUGUAGGGAUGUAAUUAUCAAUUAUCGUAUUAGUGAUUACUCAGUCAAACAAUAAAUCUCUGUAAAAUAUACAUGUUUUAGUCAAUAAAAUAAACAAAUCUCCUACAUUCUAAAACCUAGAGUAUACAGAAUAUACAAAAAAGAAAAUCUGCAAACCCUCACAUUUAAGAAGCUAAAACAAGAGAAUGCAAUCUCUAUGGCAGCCAUCUUAAAUGUGAUAAUUCAUUGUUGAUUGGCAAUGCCCUCUCAGUCCACUCUGUGUGAUAACACACGGUUUAUAAAAAAAAACAUCUCGCUGCUACAUAUCAUUCAAGUUUAUUACCAAAAGCGCAUUAACAGUCCAAAGACAAAGCAAAAUAAAGAAAAUAACAAACUGACAAUGCUCUCAUGAAUGCAUUUGAAAAAGAAAUGACAACACAAAACUAAAAACUCUGGAUUUCACAAUGUGACCGUACAAAUCUGUGAUAAAGGAUCCCACACAUUCAGAGCUGUCAUAUCUCUUAUGUGAUUAGUGUGAUUAAUGGAAUUUUGAUAGGACAGAAGAAUUGAGAAUACCAGAUGUCUUAAAAUAAUCCUGUAAAUAAGCAUAGUCUUUCAAUUUCGUUUUUGGAUGAAAUGACUGAGUUACUACUACUGACAUCUUCGUUAGGCAAUGCCCCCUCUGCCCAUGGCUCCUCCUCUUCCACGAGAGAAAGUACCUG